AUCCCUCUCCCGCGAUGCACAUAGGCGAAACUGCUCGCGCAGGUAUGUAUAUAUACACACGACUGCACCGUACCUCUGGCCCGCGCGCGCGCACGUGAAAAGACCAUCACUACCUACAUCCUCCUCCUCCUCGCUCUUCAUCCUCUACACACACACACACACACACGCACACACACAUAUACACACUCGCGCACAUAACCUCAACACAGCGAGCGAGAGAGCCCCGCAGUCCUCUCCUCCACUCCGGCGACCUCCCACUACAGCGCAGCGCGUGUCCCACCAGAGCGCGGCGCACGCUCUACUCGUGUGUAUACGUUAUACCGCUGCUGCUGCACCGAGCGAGAGAGUCAGCAGCAGCAGCCAGUGCACGCCCGGCUGCCGACACGAGCGGAUGGCGUUUAUCACACGGCUCGCGCGCUCCUGUCGCUUCCCCUCCGAGAAACAGUCUUGUACAUAUGACCUAUAGUGCUCUCUUCGCGUUGCGUUCGCACCCCCCUUAUCGUUGUCGCACGGCUCGAGCCCCCUGCGUCUGUUCUGUGCAGUGCGUUCCUUCUCUCUUCUCUCUUCUCUCUCCUCUCUCCUCUGUCGCUGCGAUUCGCCCACUAACUAUACACCGCAGUGUGCGCGAAGAAGCUCUCGUGUGCAGACCAGCGUCGGAGCCUACUGCGCCGGCGCUUCAGCGGAGCAAGUUCGAGCAUCGGCGGCAGAACGGCAGAUAAAAAUCAGCGCGAAAGACAGAGAUAGAGUCUCCGGCGAUAAGCGCUGUGCGCGGCGAGUGGAGGAGGAAGAGAGAUAAACAAAAAACCGAGUGAGAGAGAGAGAGCUUGUCAGCGCAAGCUCGGCCGUUGCCGCUAGGCGCGUGGCGAUCAGCUGAUCAGUGGCUACUGCUUCUAUACUAUUGCCGCCACUUUACUGGCACUGCUUACGACGCGGUUCGGCUUUUUCCGCCGCGCACGACCUUCCGCCUAGCCGGGAGUAUUUUCGACGGAUGCUGCCGCAGCCGCUGUCAUCGCCGCGGGGUCAAGUAAUGGGAGCGUAGCGUCGCGUUGCCGUCGCUGCUAGUACUGCUGCUGCUGCUGCUGCUGCUGUUGUAGUUGUUGUUGGCCUCUUCGACGCGAGUGACCUUGAAACAGUGUGUUUGUGCUCAGAUUAUAUACACAGAAGUGAAGGAUCUAUUUUUUCGGUGAAGUGUUUCGGUUGUAUUUUUGGAGAAAGAGGAAAAAAAGUGCGAUCAUGAGGUAUUGAGAGGAGGCAAGAAGUGCGAGAGGACGUUCCGUUGUAUAUGUAUGAAUGUGAGAGCUGUAGAGAUAAAUUUGUGGUGAUGCUCGGUGCCAACGACCGAGAAGCCGACAACGACUCUGAGCUGCGCGGCCCGGAUAAGAGCAGCAGCCGAGCGACGGAAGUGAAAAAACCGCGGAAGGCCGCCGCUGAAACGCCGGCGAAAUACACGCUGCUCUAGAAACAAGUGCCGAGAGAGCCGAGAACGGGCCAGUAUUCAUGCCAGUAUGCUAAUCCUGAUUAGCCAGUAGAUUAAACGAAGAAGACAGUAGUGUUAGUGUAGCCCCACAGCCAGUAUAGUAUAUAGUAGCUAUAUUCACGUAGGUAGUAGCGACAAACGAACAUAAUCCCCAUCAGCAUAAUCGAUAUAUUCAGCAAAGACGGAGCAGCGAAGAGGACGAAAGUGUGCAAGCGAGUGCGCGAGGGAGGGAGAUUUUAGGCUUGUGAUCGCGGUGGAAGAAGAUAAAGAGCGACGGCGAAGGUGUCCGCAGAGAUUCAGCAGCAGCGCGAGGAGGCGAGCUGCAGCGCCGGCGGAGGCGCUCGGGCGAGGAGGCGCUGGCUGGACACGACGCUGAAUUACAUCGGGAGCGCCAACCUGCAAUCAAGGUUCAUGGUUUUCAUGGAGGAGAGCGAGCUCUCGAGCAAGCGGUGGGCCAGUGCGCCCCGCCGCUCGGACAGCCCCUGCAUCCUGGGGGCUCCAACGUCAAGAGAGGCGGCUGGGCCGCCGGUGCAACUCGAGCCCGUGGACCUGUCGGUGAAGACGCCGGUGGUGCUGCAGGUGCCCCGCUACAGUCCCGCGGCUCUGAUAGCCGCGGCGCGCAAGCCACCCUCACCAGCGAUCGCGACGCCCACGACCCAGCCACACCAGCCGCUACCGCCCUCCAUCUGCGUCUCCACAGUAUCGCCGACCUUACCCCUAGCAGACAUCGUCCGAGAGCGCAGGCAGCAGGAUCCCGAACGAACGCGACGGACGUCAUCGUCAACUGCCUCGACGGCGAACGAAGGUCAAAGGGAAGCCAUUUCGCGGGGUCGGUGCGUCCGACCGAGUAGGGAUUGCCACAGGGAGGUAUCCUCCGUCUGCUCGAUCGAGCCUCCGGAUCCCGUCUUCGUGUCGUCGUCCGCAGCGCUGCUCGCGCUGCAGAAGAUCAAGGAGGCUUCUAUGGUGUUCCACAACAAGCGACAGGCGCUAACGCCGGGCAUCGGUCUGAGUGGUAGGGCCAAUAGUGCAGCGGCCGUCGUAGGCGGCAACGGCACGUCGCUCAGCGUCGUCGAUUCCGAGUGCGGUGAUGCACUGAAACGGCGCAAGGUGCACAGGUGCGACGUCGCUGGCUGCGACAAGGUCUACACCAAGAGCUCACACCUCAAGGCCCACAAGAGGACUCACACCGGUGAGAAGCCGUACCAGUGCACAUGGGAGGGCUGCUCGUGGAAGUUCGCCCGCUCGGACGAGCUGACGCGGCACUACCGCAAGCACACCGGCCAGAAGCCGUUCAAGUGCCAUCUCUGCCAGCGCUCGUUCUCGCGCAGCGACCAUCUCUCGCUGCACAUGAAGAGGCACUGAUCGACGACGUCAUGCCGCUGUUGCCGCACAGGACGAGCCGAAAGAAGAAAAAGAGCUCGCACAGCCGCUAGACAUCGAGUAUAAUAAUAUAUACAUACGGGACCUGAAGUUGAGUAGAGGACAUGCACACACAUACACACAUACGAGAGACGAAGUCGAUCGUGAAUCUGUACAAAGGGGAGUAACAAUUUUUUUUUUAGUUCAAUUCAAGUGGUCGGUUUUGCUGUUACACACAAACUCACAUACACACGCACACACACGCACACACCCAUCCACGUACAGAUCAUGAGUAUAUAGGAUAUUGUACUGCAGUUAUAAGGUUUCGGGGAAUUUUGUGAUUUAUGCGCGCGCGAGACGAGAUGGUAUUUGUUUUUUCCUCGUAGCUGCUUUUUAUUAAAGGAUCUACUACCGCGUGUAUACAAUGUAUGGCAUGUAUAUGCACACACUCUUGCGACGAAUUUCUUCUGUAUAUAAAUAAAUAUAUAUAUAUGUGUGUGUAUAUAACGACACAACUCUGGACCACUUGAGGACGAAUUUAGGAAUUAAAAUUUUUACGAGACGUGUAUGGCGAUGCGUUGACGCAGCAUUCGAAAAUGUGUGUAUUAGUAAGAAUUUUCGGCCUAAAAGAAAAAAAAAGAAAAAAGCUUGUUAUAGUGAGCGUUACCUGAAGUAUACGAAUUCGAGAGAGCGUCGAUGUGAAAGAAAAAAAAUUUAUUUAGGAAAAUUGAAGCUGUAUAAAAGGACACGGGAGGAGAGUCUUUCUCUUUUGCGUCUCCUUCACCGGUCGUGUAAUGCAACGAAAUGUAUAACGAGAAACAAAGCGCUGCAGGUUCAGCUAUAUAGACGGAGCGAAUUUAAGGAAAAGAGCAUUAUUAUUAUUAUUAUUAUUAUUAAUUUUAUUGUUUUUCUGUUUUCUUUUUCCUAGCCAAUUUCACUUUGAUGAAAAAAAUUCCAAUUCCUAAUUUAAUUACGUCGCAAUAUAAGGGCCAGCUCAACUAGUCUAGAGCAAACACAUCAUUUUUAUUUCUAUAUUACAUUACAUUAUAUUAUAUUAUAUUAUACACACACAUACGCAAGUAAAGAAAACAAUUGUGAAGAUGAACUUAGAGCCAGUAAGCGCCUAGAAGUUUUAGUUGUAAGUUAUCUAUUCCUUAGUGAAAUAUUAUUGAAUAAUGGGAGAAUAUAUUAUAUUAUAUAUAUAUAUAUAUAUAUAUAUAUAUAUAUAUAUAUAUAUAUAUAUAUAUAUAAAAGUAUAAAAAAAUAUCGUGGAUAUAAGAUUUAUAUAUAUAUUAUAAGUAUAUAUAGGUAAAUGCGAAUUAUAUAGGAACUCCGGUGACGGAGCUUGGGACUUAGCAUGCUCAGUUAAACAAAAUAUAAAAAAACUAUCCGAAUGAUCGUGAUCACGAGCGUUUGUACGAGUUUGAGUAUAAUAAUAGAAUAUUAAAAAAACAGCAAAAGACGAGUGAAGAAAAACUUUGUAUAGGGGCGAUUUCAUUUGCAAUGUGUGUGUACACAUGUGUAUGUUUCACGUGCUGCACAAAAGAAUUUCGCGUUUAGAGAAGGACAAUCAGCCGUCGACUCGAUGAUGCGAAUAAUAAUUAAUUUAUAAAAUAAAUAGUAGAAGAGUAUAUAAAGCGAACGAGAAUAUACUUUGAUGUACUACUAGUUGAAAUUACAACCAAUAAAUGCGGUUGCAUUACAAAUUGAAAUGUUUGUAUAUCAGAAUUUAGUUAGCACAUCAAAGCCGAUUUCGUGAGAAGGAUUAUUUAGAAAAAAGUUAAACUAUUAAACUUGUGAAUAUCGAAGUAAUGUUAUAUGUUAUUACGAGAAGCCAGUAUUACCCACGUGCAUCGUACUAUGGAACAUUUCACUGUCGUAGGACGAUGUAACUCAUUAUAGCGUCACUCCGUUCAAUUUUUCGAGCAAACGUUCUUAGCGAGAGAAUAUAGCUCGAUUCACCGCUAAACUAUCUGUAAAAAUGACUAUAAGGUGCUUGAUUAUCGAUUCUUACGCUGUCCCGACUAAACAGAGCUGAAGAAUGUGCGAAACCAUUGUAACCCAUAUCCACCGCUGGAUUACUUUUAGGAUGCGUUAUACUUAUAGGGAUAUGUAAUGUUUGAAGUUGUUAUUAAAAAAAAAUCGACGAAUCGAAAACAUAUAUUUUUGUAUGAAAAUUUUUUCAUUGGAAGAUUGAAAUAUUACUAAAGUUUGGUUGUAAAGUUUGAAUCGUUGGCUGUAUAAAAAUUUAAUCGAUUCGUCGAUUCAGGAAUAAAUUUCCAAUCUCGAUUCGACACUCCAUACACACUUUCGUUUCCAUUCAACAAAGCUUUACCGCUUCGCAACUAUUGUACAUUCAGCGCAUUAGAAACAAGCUACUCUUAUGCUGAUUCCGCAAAUCCUUGAUAACGAGAUGCCAGUAUAUCUAUAAUGCAUAACCCCACGCCAGUUAACGCGGUGAGCGUAAAAGCAAUGUUGUAUCUUAGAAUAUUAUGCGUUUGAAAACUCUCGACAGGUCGUGCGCUACAGAGGAAACACGUUACUGAAUUGCGUCUUUUUUCUAAACGUGAUUUAUAUACUGAAUAGAUAUUUUUAGUGCCUUUAAGGAGAAUGGUGUGGGAAAAAACACACACACACACAGACACACAACACGAUUUCGCGUAUUUAGGCCUUAAGUUCAUAAUAGUGCCUUACAUUAUGAAUUACGCGUGCGAGGUUUGAAAUGUUUGUCAGAUAACGAAGGCGAGCCACUUUGUUUCUAAAACUCUAUUCCCGUUUGACUUUUGUCGGUGAUGCGCGCACUUCUUAUAGGCGAUAUAAUAAUGAAAAAAUUACAGGGGAACUAUAUAUUAUUAUACUGUUAGUGAAUUAUGAACUUAGAGCGCGUUACACUUGCGAUGUAGUAUUGAAAUACCGAUUUAACGUUAUACACUCAUAAAAUGCAUUAAAUUUUAAUCUCUCUUGUAAAUAAAUAACGAUAAAAAGCGCGUAUAUGUAUAAAUUAGUGAACAUUAUAUUCGCAGUCGAAUUGUUAAAAGAUUAAUUUUACUGUGAUUUACGAUCUAAAAUUCAGCACAAUAAAUCAUCGCAUAUUUUUCGAUUAAGAAAAUUUGAGAAUUUCAUAAUCGUAUUAUGCAUUUGAUAAUAAUUAAUCUUAAUAAUCACUCGUAAAAUUUGUUCGAAUCUUCUAUACGAUAUAAAUAAUACGAAAAUGAUUGCUUGAAAACGUAUCGCCUGUAACACUAUAGCUUGAUUGCAACCUAAAAUUUAAACUUGCAAGAAAAAUAAGUCUUCGGUUCCUAACGUAUACGAAAACCACAAUCUUCUGAACUCCAGCGAAAAUCUACCUGACACGAAUAGCAUCAUGCUUUUACAGGCUCUCACGCAACCGCUCAUUUCUAGAUCGAUUAACCCCACCACAUCGGAGUUUUCGCGCCCGCGGGCUAUUAGCGCAUUAUCGGACGCCAAAGUGCAUUGUGAAAUUCAAUCGGGAAAUUGACGUGACUCUCGCCACCCAAGUCGCUUAUACGUGCGCCCCUUGAUGACCGAUACCGUUGCUGCAUCGCUUCUUGGCGGGAACCGCUUGCGAUAUAUCGCUCAUGCUCGCUAACUUGGAAAUUACACGCGCGUUUUAUAACUCUCUUACUUACGUUCGUGGAUGAUUCGAGCCACGAGAAUUUAGAAGAUGUGGUAGAGUAAUCAGAGAGAUUGAUUCCCUGCUAGAAAAUUGACUCUUUUUGUUGGUGAACGUGCGCGGUUAUCGAAUUGAAUAAAAGCAUUUUAAAUAAGAUUUAUGGGUAGCGUAAAAUCGCGCAUCCUAGUAAAAAAUUAACGAUUUUUGUUGGUUAACAUGUGACCAAAAACUAAUUCUUUAACUUUAAACAUUUAUUUUUAUUAAUUGCAGAGCCAAUCAUUGAGUCAAAACAUUAGUACAAUAUAGAACAUGUUCUCACGGAGUAUUCAAUUAUCAUAAAAUUAUAAUCGACCAUCUAGGAUCCAAAAACGCGUUAACUAUUCUACCGGGGUCAGUUCGUAAUUUUAUUAACGAAAACUUUAGAAACAAUGCAUCUCAGUGCCUUAAUAAACGAGAUUAACGAGCUAGUAUCGCGAUUGUGUACUCGUCAAAAAUUAACAAUCAGCAAUAAAGUUUUGGAUCUCUUGACAAGUUGAAUCUAUAUAAAGGCAAAACAAAAAAUUAAAAACGCACAUUGUAUGAUAUAAUAGCAAAAUGUUUGGCAAUAAAUUUCAAUUAGAAAUCGUUAAAAUUAACGUCGAAAAUAUCAUUUAUCUAUACCACGCGGUGCUAUAAAGAACCAAUGGUGCUCACUUCACCAAACGCGAUCGCAUGAAUUUCCUUUGACUAAAAUGACGUCAACUACACUAUAAUUCUCACUAAUAAGAAUAUCAAACUUGUAUGUUUUGCAAUAGGCUCGAUUUACGCGUUAUGGAUACACUUUGAGUUUAAGGAUCUCGUGCCAAAUUCAUUCGAAACUAUAUAACAACAAACAAUAACAAAAUUUACCAGCCGGUAUAUUAUAUCUUUGGCCAAAGUAAACUCGUUACUGUACAAAUUCCGAACCGAUAAGGAUUAUUUAACGUAGCUCAAUCGUAUGAUAAUACACUUAAAGGCAUAAUACGCUUUGCCAUCACCAGUAAUGCACAAAAGAAUCCUCGCACACGGAUGCACACCCGACAGGCAUUUUGCAGCAGCUAAAUAGUAAUUCGAUAAACUGUUACGAUAACGUUAGACAAAGACCUUGAAAGCGACGGGCCGAGCUUAACAAUUUUCGCUAGAAGGUAUACAUAUAAACAUAUAACGAAGACGCAGACAGAGAUAAACGAAAAGCAAUAAGUCGUGCAUCGCUCGAUCACGCGUAUAAAGAAUAUAAGAUUUUUUUAAAUAGCAAUUUAAAUGAAAUGGAAAUGCGUAUAGUAGCGUAUACGUGUAAACAAAAAAAAAGAAGAUAAACGCAAGCGAUGGGUAGAUUUUUUCCCUGUAUCUCCAUCGAGCAACGACGAGAAGUUUUUCAGUAGAUUGCCUGAAUACGCAACAAUGUAUAUAAUUUUCACAGAUAUAAAUAUAACCAAUGGGGGCCAGUAAUUCUCUCGGAUCUCGUACGGAUUUAUGUAUCGCAAGCUGCGCCAGACGUUCUAUACUGUUGUUGUGUGCUACUCGAGACUGUUUUUUUGCAGUGAAAUCUUUUCCUUCCCUUUCGACCCGUCGCGCAAAAUCAAUGCUUUCUUAUGAUUGAAGCAUCAGAGGAACAAGCUGCAAAAUCAAAGUGCUCGAUUGACACAGCUGGAACUUGCGCGUCUACACAACUAUUAAAGGUUAAGAAGGGUGUAUUGUAAAUUUAUAUAACGUCGCGUAUAAUUAUUAUAAAGACCGAUAAAGUCUUAUCGCAAACGUACUGUAUAAACAGCAAUGGCAUUACUCCGCAAAAACUCUAUUACUUUUUUUUCUUGUUUUACUUACUAAGUUAUACAGUUACAUAUAUCUACAUGCAGCAAUAUCUUCUCUCUGUCAUAUCUGUACACUUACUUUGAUUUCUUCCUCUCCACACUGCAUCCGCGUCUCGAUCUUCUAACUUUUAUAUGCGAGCGAAUUACACGUACAUAUUAUAAUAGGGGGAAACUUCGUUAUUGCGGGUAGAGAAAAAUGCGUUUUUUUAUGAACAAAUCGUAUACCAUUGGGGUCUGACGCAAAAGUGUGAUGAUCAAUAAAUAUACGACCUCGAGUCAUUCUGCGUCGUUUCGGCGCUCGAGCUAGUCACGCUCUGCGUCAGAUCUCAACGGACAAAUCAUAGACCCUCGAGAGCAAAGGAAAAAAGUGCCUCGAGGAGACACUUCGCAGCAACAUUGCGAAUUCGAUCAUAUAUUUAUUUAUAUUGACUAUUGGUUUUGCAAUUAGGGCAGAGUUAUGUACAUUGACAAUUCAACGACAAAAAGAAGCAUAGUUAUGUUUAUAUAUAUUUUAUAUAUAUAUAUAUAUAUAUAUAUAUAUAUAUAUA